UUAGAGGCAGAAAGACUUUAUUUUAAACCCACAGUUCUACUGCUUAUGAACUUUGCAGCUCACAACUCUACCAGAUGUCCGUGUGCUCCUUGUGACAAGAGAUGGCAUCACACCCUGAUCAGCCUGGUGUGGGGAUCACAUGAGUUCAUGUACAUAGAGCAGAGCCCAGGUUUCCAUUAGCUCAGAGCCUGUGUUCAACUACAGACAGUUUUUCUUCGCUGGUCCCUGGGGGAAGGAAGACUAAAGGGUGGAAGGAGCUGCUGUAGGCAAGGAAAAUGACAGAAGCAGUAAGUGCUGGCCAGAGGAACAGAGACUCUCCAGGAAAAGGUUCCCUCAGCUCGAGAGCCCCCCACAGCCCUGAAGGCACAACAGCAGCAGCCAACUGACCUAGGCUGAGCCCCCAAAGCAGACCAGGAUCAAGGGUCUGUGUGCAGGUGUGUUGGUGAGGAGGUGAUUCUGGGAACAAUGGCCAUUGGCAGGUGAUGGGACCAGACAAGACCGUCCAGCUUGUGGUCGGGGAGGAUGCAGUGUUCUCGUGCUUCCUCUCUCCUAAGAUAAGUGCAGAGGCCAUGGAAGUGCGGUUCUUCAGAGAGGAGUUCCAUGCUGUGGUGCAUCUCUACAGAGAAGGGAAAGACCAGCACGAUAUGCAGAUGCCAGCCUAUCGAGGGAGAACUGAGCUGCUGAAGGACUCCAUAGCGGAGGGGCAUGUCUCCCUGAGGCUGAAGAAGGUCACUCUCUCAGACAAUGGUUUCUAUGGAUGCAGGUUCAGAUCCCAGAAUAAUGACCAGGAGGCCAUCUGGGAAAUGCAGGUGUCAGCGUUGGGCUCAGCUCCUCUGGUUUCUAUCAUGGGAUUUGCUGAAGGAGGCAUCCAGUUACUCUGCAAGUCCUCAGGCUGGUUUCCCCAGCCCACAGUGAAGUGGAAAGGCCCACAAGGGCAUGAUUUUCCCUCAUACUCAAAGGUGAAUACAGACAGACGUGGCCUGUUUGAUGUGGAGACUUCCCUUAUAGUCCAAGGAAAUGCUGGGAGCAUAUCAUGUUCUAUCCAGUACCCUGACCAGAGCCGAGAGGUGGAAUCCAGUGUAUUGAUAAGAGAGACCUUUUUCCAUUUCUCACCCUAUCGCUUGGCUUCCAUUUCACUGGGAGUACUCUGCUGUGUCCUGAGUGUUGCAGUCGUAGGACUGAUGAUUUCUUAUUCAAUAUCCAAAGGGAAAAUCUGGGCAGAAUUGGACUGGAGAAGGAAGCAUGGAGUGGCAGCACUGAGAGAGGCCCGCAAACACGCAGUGGAGGUGACUCUGGACCCAGACACGGCUCACCCCCAGCUCUACAUUUCUGAUCUGAAAACUGUGUGCUAUAGGAACAAUUGCCAGGAGGUGACCUACUCGGACAAGAGAUUUACAAGGAAGUGUGUGGUGGCUUCUCAGGAAUUCCAGACAGGAAAACAUUAUUGGGAGGUGGACGUGGGACACAAUAUAAUGUGGUGUGUGGGAGUGUGCCGGGAUGACGUGGACAGGAAGGUGGAAUAUGAGACUUUGUCUUCCAACAAUGGAUUUUGGGUGCUCAGAUUGAAAAGACAAUAUCAGUAUUUCAUACUUAACCCCCAUAGAAUUAACCUCUCUCCAAGAACACCACCUACACGAAUAGGGGUCUUCCUAGACUACGAGGGUGGGACCAUCUCCUUCCUCAAUAUAAAUGACCAGUCCUUCAUUUACACCCUGACACAUCAGUUUGAAGGGUUAUUGAGGCCCUACAUCCAGCAUUAUGUGAAUGAUGAGAAAAAUGUGACUCCCAUAAAGAUCUGCCCAGUGUCCCAGGGAUCAGAGAAAGAAGCACCUUCUGACACAGACAACCUGGAGCCCAUCCCACAGGUGACCACACCCUUCCUGCCCAGAGGGAAUCACACCUCACACCUCAGGACACUGAGCUUCCUCUCAGGCUCCAGAACCCUGCAGCAGACAGCAGCAUAUCUUCCAGAUGAGGAGGGCUGGCCCAUCCAUGUGGGGUCAGGGGUCAGCUGCCUGGAGGCAGGAGGGAAGACGGCUGACAGCACAUUUUGUUUGCACCAAUUCUGCAGCCAAAGGACCUUUGACAAGUAACAAGCUCUCGGACUCCUCACCUGUAAAACAGGGACAAGAAUUCCCACCUCAGGGUCAAGUGAAGACCAGAGACAGUGAAUGUGAAUCAUGCUGCCUCUUGUCGGUGGGCUGGCAUCAGCAGAUGAUGUUUUCUUAUAUUAAACUUUUCAAACACGAUCUCUGCUUAUUUAUUCCAUGUUAAUUCAUUUUUCUAUUCCAUAUCAGCCUUGGAAUAGUUAUUUACUUUUCUGUACCAAUCCAAAGAAUUGAUGAGGAGGGAGGAUUUCCCAAUUCAUUUUAUAAAGCCAACCUGAUACCAAAACCAGACAAACAUAUCAGAAUAAUAUAAAA